GGAAAAGAAAGAACAAGAAAGAAAACUAUGUUUAGCUGGUGAAAGAAUAAGACUAAUCGCCAUUGAUGUUUUUGAUCAAGGAAAAAAAAAAUGAAGAACAAAGGAAGCAAACUUGGGGGCGGAAAUUGGAUGAUUUCAGGGUUGCCAUCCAUUUUCUUGCUAUGCAUAUUCUUUUUUCUUGCCGGGUUCUUUGGUUCUAGUCUCUUCUCUCAGCAGGGAGUGUCGAGUACUUCUUUAAGGACUUGGCCUCGGGGACUGCAGGAAGAGAAGACGAAGAAGAAAGAAUUUGAUGCUUUGCCACGGGGAAAGACUGGAGAGAAUUCUCUCACUUCGAUCCCUUUUCAGAUUUUGAGCUGGAAUCCACGGGCAUUAUACUUUCCAAAUUUUGCUAGUGCAGAACAAUGCAAAAGCAUAAUCGAAAUUGCAAGGGCACGCCUUGAACCAUCUUCCUUAGCACUACGUGAGGGAGAAACAGCUGAAAAUACCAAAGGUAUUAGGACAAGUUCUGGCAUGUUUAUAAGUGCAUCGGAAGACAAAACUGGAAUCUUGUAUCAGAUUGAGGCAAAAAUUGCAAAAGCAACAAUGAUCCCCAGAUCCCAUGGAGAGGCCUUCAAUGUCUUGCGUUAUGAGAUCGGUCAGAGAUAUCAUUCUCAUUAUGAUGCUUUCAAUCCUGCUGAAUACGGUCCACAGAAGAGCCAAAGGGUUGCUUCUUUCUUGUUGUAUUUGUCUGAGGUCGAAGAAGGGGGUGAAACCAUGUUCCCUUUGGAGAACGGGCUAAACACGGACGCUACUUAUGAUUUUCGUAAAUGUAUGGGUAUGAAAGUAAAGCCGCACCAAGGAGAUGGACUUCUGUUCUACUCGCUAUUCCCUAAUGGUACUAUUGACCCGACAUCUCUUCAUGGGAGCUGCCCAGUGAUCAAGGGGGAAAAAUGGGUAGCCACAAAGUGGAUCAGGGAUCAAGAUCAGGAAGAAGAGUAAGUUUAUGUUAACUGGUCGAAUUAGAUUGGACGUCCAUUUUUAUGGAAAGUUAGGAAGAUUUAUCUCGUGUCUGGUACUGCAUGGUUCUACUCUGCAAGAACUCCGAAUCAUUCUCUUGAAGAGUUCCAAAUAAGUUUUAUGUAGUGCAUAGAAAUACUAGCAAAAUCUA